GCUGCGCAUGUGCGGAUGUAAAGCUGGAAACUUUGCGAAGUUUCGGAGAUCCUCGGGUUCGAGCCUCCGGUAUCGGAGAGAAGUUUGGAGAUACUCCGUGUGGUGUACGCAGGCUGGUGACAGCUGGUUCCCGUCCCCGUGGGUCGCGUCACUCUCCCGGUCGUGUGACUCCGAGACCAUCGGGGACGUGCAUCGGGUCCGCACAUGGCCUUGCUGUGGUCGCCGGCGAAUAACGGCAGCAGCAGCCAGAACGACAGCAGCUGCUCCCGCGCCACGGAUGAGAGCACCGUCCUGCAAGAUGCUAUCUUCGGUGGCAUUCCCGUUGUACUCCUGCUGGACUUCGUUGCUUUCCUGGUGCUGCUGCUUAUCUUCUCCUUCAUCAGGAAGAAAGUUUGGGAUUAUGGGAGGCUUGCACUGGUGUCCGAGAGCAAAGGGCUACGUGGCAAGACACACCUCUACAGCCGCACCUCAUCCAACAUGUCCACCAUAGAGGAGUAUGACAUGGGCUUCUGCAGCUGGUUGCCGUUUGUCCUUCGGAUGGACAAGGAGAUGAUCGAGGAAAGAUGUGGCAUCGAUGCAGUGCAUUACCUGUCCUUCCAGCGCCACCUGAUUGUCCUGCUGGUUAUCAUCUGUGUGGGGUCUGUAGGUGUCGUCCUACCUCUCAACAUGUCUGGGAACCUCAUGGGAGACGACCCCAAAAACUUUGGGAGAACAACCAUCGGUAAUCUGCAAAAGGAUAACGACCUCCUCUGGCUGCACACCAUGUUCGCUGUGCUGUACCUCAUCGUUACUGUUGUGGUGUUGCGGCACCACACGUCCCAGAUGAAGGACUUUCAUAAGAAGACUGCCAAAACGACUCUUCUAGUCUGUUCCCUGCCCAGAGAAGCCAGUGCGGACCAAAUCAAAACACACUUUAGUGAGGCGUAUCCCACCUGCCGAGUGCUGCAGGUGAACCUGUGCUACGACGCAGCCAAGCUCAUCGCCCACGCCAGGGAGAGGGAGCGUUUGCAGAGAAACCUGCAGUAUUACCAGAAGGUUCUGGAGAGGGAGGGCAGACGGGAGUCCAUCAGCCCCCACCCCUGUGGAUACCUGUGCUGCUGCUGCUGCUGUGAGGUGGUGGACGCCAUUGACUACUACAGCUCCCAGGAGUCCAGCAUGAAACAGGCUGAGGAACAUCUGCGGGAAGAAGUCCCACAGCGCCCCCUAGGCAUGGCCUUCGUCACUCUGGAGACCGAGAGCAUGGCUACCUACAUCCUGAGGGAUUUUAACGCACUGGACUGCGUAGGUGACGGAGCUGCCGGCAGGGCGUCACGCUGCGGAUGUGGCCGGCAGCCCCAGCCCUCUUCUGACAGUGCGGCGUUGAGAGUGACCAGUUGGAGAUUGAGCUACGCCCCUCGGCCCAGCAACAUCUACUGGGAGAACCUGUCUGUGGUUGGCGCACGCUGGUGGCUCCGCUGUCUCUUUUUAAACUUUUUCCUCUUCAUACUGCUCUUCUUCCUCACUACCCCGUCCAUCAUCAUCACCACCAUAGAUAAGUUCAACGUUACAAGACCUAUCUACUAUCUCAAUAACGCCAUCAUCAGCCAGUUCCUUCCCACCCUGCUGCUCUGGUGCUUCUCUGCUCUCCUUCCCACGCUGGUGUACUACUCCACCCUGGGAGAGGCCCACUGGACUAGGUCCGGUGAGAACAUGAGCAUGAUGCACAAGCUGUACAUGUUCCUGCUCUUCAUGGUCCUGAUCCUGCCGUCGCUGGGCCUGACCAGCUUAGAUGUCUUCUUCGAGUGGCUUUUCGACAACCAGUUUUUUUCACAAGGGAAGCUUCGAUUUGAGUGUGUCUUCCUGCCCAAUCAGGGAGCUUUCUUCGUAAAUUACGUGAUUGCUGCGGCGCUCAUUGGCUCUGGCAUGGAGCUGCUCCGCCUCCCGGGGCUGGUGCUCUACACGGUGCGUAUGGCGCUGGCUCACUCCGCGGCAGAGAGGAGGUACAUCAAACAGAACCAGGCUUACGAGUUUGAGUACGGAGCCAUGUAUGGCUGGAUGCUGUGUAUCUUCACGGUCAUCAUGGCCUACAGCAUCACAUGCCCGCUCAUCGUGCCUUUCGGCCUUCUGUACAUGUUUCUGAAGUACCUGGUGGACAAACACAAUCUGUACUUUGCCUAUCUGCCUGCCUGUCUGGACCGUCGGGUGCACAUGGCUGCCGUCAACCAGGCCCUGGCCGCGCCCAUCAUCUGCCUGCUCUGGCUCUACUUCUUUUCCGUCAUCAGAGCUGGUUUCAUGGCCUACACGUCACUCUUCACCUUCGCCAUCCUCAUUGUCACCAUCGUCAUAUGCAUUGGAUAUACCUGCUUUGGACACUUCAAGUACCUGAGCCCGCAUAGCUACAAGAUAAAGGAACCUGGUGAUGAUCCUGGAGACGAGGCCCCAGUCAUCCCGACAGAUUCGGUCUACCUUCCCAAAGUGCUCCAGGACUCCCUGCCCUCUGAGCCCCUCCCAAGCGACCCAGUCCAGAGGUCGUACGGGGCUCUCGAGAGCUCCUCACACGGCGCGGACCUUCAGGGGGUGUCGCCCACCUGAACGAGGCAGCAGCGGCGGAAGGACUCCAGGAUACUCAGGAAGAGGGCGCCUCCUGCCUUGGAGCUGGGGGGGGGAUGCCCAGACCAGGCAGCGGGUCUCUCUACUAGGGGCCCUUUACCCCCCAACCCCCCUCCCCCCAGAGGUCAGUAGUCCUUUGGGUUCACAGACCAUCCUAAGGAUGGGACCUUUUUUUUCACUUUCCAGCCUCAGACCUAAAAUUCAAGUGGAGUUUUUGUUUUUUUUUGCUUUUGUAUUUAAAAGUUCAUUUGUGCCUUUGGAUGGAAUCUGGUUUAGCAAACCUAAGCCGGGGGUAUAUUCAGUCUUGAGAGGUAAUCAAACAUUUAUAUUUAAAUUAAACACGUGUUAUUUUAAUCAUUUGUACUAAUAAUACCUGAAUGAUUUGGUAUUAUAACAAUUGUGUACUUGAUUGUCUUUUAUAAUCGGUAUGUUUAGAAAUUAUAAUAAAUAAUAAUUAUCUGAA